ACUGUGAAGAAGUCGUUUCAACAUUACCGCAUCUCCGAGGAGCCAGCGACGAUGUCGACCGAAUUCAGGAUCCGUGCUCGCAACAAAUCGUACGAGGGUCUCACGAAGGAGACCGAGGGUCAUUGGAAAGGGCCGUUCUUCUUCAUUCAAGCAGCGGACACACAGUUUGGCAUGAUCGAGUCGUAUUUGGAGAAGAAGCCCCACCCCCGGUGGGACAAAGAGAUAGCACUUACCCAGAAAGCCGUCGAGGCUGUCAAUCGGAUGGAGCCAAAGCCACGGUUCUUUGUCGUCUGCGGAGACCUUGUGGACGCCAUGCCCGGGGACGAGCUGAAGCCAGAAGAAGAGGCGGACUUCAAGCGUGUCUUCUCCAAAAUGAGCAGUGAGGUGCCACUGGUGUGCGUCUGCGGCAACCACGACAUUGGCAACCAGCCCACACCUGCCAGUGUUUACGCCUACAGGAACAGCUUUGGCGACGACUACUUUACCUUCUGGUGUGGGGGCGUUAUGUGCAUUGUCAUCAACUCGCAGUUCUUCGAGGAUACAUCACUGGUGCAGGAGCUGGCGCAGGAGCAGGACGUGUGGCUGGAUAGGCAGCUGGUGGAAGCGCAACUGACGGGUACCAAGCACGUGGUGCUCUUCCAGCACAUACCCUGGUUCCUGCACAACCCUCAGGAGGACAAGUCGCACUUCAACGUUGACCCUCUACUGAGGCUAAGGAUGCUCGACAAGUUCCACAAGGCCGGUGUGCGGGCCAUCUUCUGCGGCCACUACCAUCGCAAUGCUGGCGGCUUCUUCAAGGACAUGGAGUUGGUUGUCACCUCUGCAGUUGGAGCGCAGCUUGGCCGUGACAGUCACGGACUUCGUGUCGUGAAAGUCGGCGAAGACAAGAUCGAGCACCAAUACUACGCGUUGGACGAAAUCCCAAAGACAGUUCGCCUCCACUGACCCCGAGCCUCGGCAGUAGACUGGAGACUUUCAGCGGUAGGCUUUUUGAAAAGUCAGAAGU